UUAAGAUGGUGCGUCCGACCCGUCGUAGCAACACCAAUAAUGAGCAACCGAGGAACCCGCCUCCAGCCAGAUCCGGAGAUGCAGAUCUAGACGUCACCUUAGCCUCACUUUUGAAUACCACGUCCUCGGCAGCCGUUCCACCUAUCCAGAAUCCGCUUCAGUCAACCAUAGCGCCUCCAACGAACCCUUCGGCUUUUGUUCCACCGCUGCAGCAGACUUUCAGUACGGGGAUACCUUCGACGGCCGCUCCCACUACCUUUUCGUUUCCGCCGUCGACUGCACCUUCUGGUUUUGUUCCACCGUCGCCACAACCUACUAUUCCCACCCACUCCGCCACUUUACCGCAGAGCAGCACGAUGGACCCCCUGGUCGCCACCCUGAUACAAGCUGUUGUCGGACUAGUUCAGACUCAGCAGCAAAAUUUACAACAGAAUCCAGCUCCUAGUGCCGCGGAGUCAAGUUCCAGAGUUCGAGAAAGGAGCAUCAAUGAAUUUAAGAAGUCUGCUCCUCCACCUUUUUCCGGCGCUACAAAUCCGGAUGAAGCGGAAAAUUGGAUCAAGGAGAUGGAAAAAGCAUUUACGGCCAUGCAGUGCACCGAUGAAGAGAAAGUCAGAUUUGGGACAUUCAUGCUUCAAGGCAGAGCGAAUAAUUGGUGGGAAAGCGAGUUGAGGACUCGCGGUAGCAACUUAUCAGCCAUUUCGUGGAAGGAUUUUCGAUCGGCGUUUUAUGCUAAGUACUUUCCAAGGAGUAAACUUCGUCAGCUCGAGAGGCAAUUUCUAGAUCUAAAGCAAGGGUCAACGUCUGUAGAGGAGUACGAGGCCGAGUUUGAUCGACUUUCUCAAUUUGCCCCAAAAUUGGUGGAUGAUAACGAAUCGAGGGCCAAAAGACUCGAGAGGAGCGCAAUGCAAAUCAGAAGAAGAGAAAUAGAGAUUCUUUCAGAAAGGGAGAUCGGAAUGCAAGAGGGUCGGACAGAUCUAGUGAUUCUGGGAGAUCGCGUAAUACGCCAGCUCCUCAUGGUGGACCACCAAAUCGGGAUCAGAAGUCAAAAUGCUCAGUUUGUGGAGGGUCACAUAAGGAUUCCGACUGCAGACAUGUGA